AUGGCGCUUCCCAACUCGUCUACGCCACUUCUCUCGCGAGGUUCGACUUUUGUAACGCCCUCGCUCCUUUGGAAGUUGGGGGCUAUCCUUGCUACUACAGGAAUGAUUGCUGGUGCAUUUGGUUCCCAUGCAUUGAAGCGCAGACCAGGCAUCACGCCUGAAGGCUUGUCCGCCUGGGGGACAGCGUCUCAUUACGCGAUAUUUAAUGGCCUGACCUUGUUUGUGCUCUCGAUGCAUCCUCGAUUUUCGACGCACAAGUUCGCUGGCCCUGCGAUUGCAGGAGGAGGCUUUGUCUUCUCUGGCUCCAUCAUAGCGCUUGUUCUGUGGAAAUUAAAGUUCCUUGGACCUAUUACUCCCUUGGGGGGUAUAGCUAUGAUUGCUGGGUACAUUUCUCUGGUACUCUAG